GGGAGAACGGGAGCUUUGCGGAAAGAGCAGGAAGGAAGAUGGCGUUGCAAGAGGUAGCGGCUAUUUCGCUGCUGGGCCUUUGGUUGGUGGCCGCGCAGACAGGGCAGGUGCCCUUGCUGGCUUGGUCAAGUCACAGGUCCUUAUGGUCCCCCUUGGCAGUCCCGCAUGAGGGGCAUGUGGUGACAGAAACUCAGCUUGCAGCUCUGCUGGACUCAGCACUAGACAGCGGACCUCACAAUGUCCUGCUCUUCCUUCAGGAGAAACUCAGCAUCGAGGAUUUUACAGCCUAUGGUGGGGUUUUUGGGAACAAGCCAGACAGUGCCUUCCCCAACCUGGAGAAUGCACUAGGGGCUGCUUCCUCUUCCUUGGUUCUUCCUUCUGUGGACUGGUUUGCAGCCAGUGCUGUCCCAGCCUUUCUGAAAGCCAAGCUGGGCAUAUCACCUCUCCAUGUGGACCAGAACACCCUCCAGGAACUGCGGCUCAAUGCCACCCUACCUGCCCUGCUGUUGAUACGGCUGCCAUAUACCACCGGCUCUAGUCUCAUGGCCCCAAAAGAAGUUCUGACCAGCAACGAUGAGAUCCUGGGACAAGUUUUGAGUGCCCUUCAAUCAGAGGAUGUCCCAUAUACAGCCAUUCUGACUGCUCUGCAGCCUUCACGGGUUGUCCGGGAUGUGUCUGAUGUGGCCCCUGACAGGCUGGGUCGGCAGCUGCUUCAAGAAAAGACUACGGUUGCUCCUCUUCGUUUUCCUACAACCGGGGACCCAUCGAUACUCUUCUGGGCCAGUAACUUCUCAGUGGCUAUAAACGACACUUGGCACGACCUCACUAACCUCACAUUUGGGGAUGCUGCUGUUGUCAAGGUGGAGCAGUCACGUUGGAAUUACAGUUCUUCUAGCUUGGUCCUGGAAUAUCCAAACGUGGGUGGGCAGCCCUUGAGUAUCACAUUCCACAUGACAAACACCAGUUACAGAGUGUCUGCACGGUACUGGUUUACCCUCCACACUGUGGAGCUGGCCAGGCCCUCAGCCCCACCAGCAAUCUUCAAUGCCACCCAGGUCUCAGCACCCAGCAACUAUUCUUUCAGCUGUGCCCAUGUCAGCAGCCUGCCAGCCUCAGGGGCCAUCUUGGUGCCCAGCAGCAAUGCCAGUCACUGGAAAGUGCUGAUCACAAAUUUUCAGAUCCAGAGCUACAAUGUUACAGGCGAAAGGUUCUCCUAUGCCAGUGACUGUUCCGGCUUCUUUUCUCCUGGAAUCUGGAUGGGCUUGCUGACCUCCCUGCUUCUUGUUGCCAUUUUCACCUAUGGCCUCCAUAUGGUCAUGAGCCUCAAGACCAUGGACCGCUUUGAUGACCCCAAGGGGCCUACCAUCUCUGUGCCCCAGACAGAGUAGCCUCUACCCUACCCUUGGGAGCCUGCUGACCGUGCUGGGCUUCUUCUGUUCAUUCCAUCCACCAUCACAUCUCCUCCAUCCUUAGCCCGAUGCAUUAAAACCUUUUUGGUUCCUGUCCUUACUCUAUCUUCCUUCUGCUUCUUCCCUCACCCCAGAAGCUGCUUCCCCACUAACUUUCCCUGACUACUUCUUUCUCCUUCUAAUCCUUUCUAGCUUCCUCAACCUAUACCUUCCAUGGAGGCACACUAUAAAUAUGUGGGAGGUGUGGUUUUCCUACUGAAUGGAGGUGCAUUUCCUGCAUGUGUAGCAGUGUUGAGACUAACUGCACUGAAAUUUGCCGAGGACAAAUCUCUUCAGGGACAGGCUGUCAUCCCCCUUCAGUUUCCAGUGGGGUAAAAGCAGUCCCGCCUUGUAAUGUGAUGUACAUUCUCUCUGGGUUCCUUGUGCUGAAUGUCUUUUUAACUAGCUCCAGUCCUCAGAUCCCUUUAUUGCAGUGUUUCUGUUGUAUUCUAAGUGGUCCCCCCUCCCCUCCCCUCCCCUCCCCUCCCCUUAUUUAUUUUUGUGGUUCCUGUGAUUAAUUCUGUAUGCAGUGACUCAGUAUUUGGGAUUCCAUGCUGCUUUUGAUGGGAGUGGGAAGGAUUCCCUUCCUGUGAUCCCCUGCUGUUUCAUUAACUUGAAAGACGUGAAUAAAAAAGAUCAGUCUGUGUA